AUGAACAAUGGUACCAGUGGAAGGCAACACACGGGAAGCUAUAUGGAGUGGUUGGCAUAUGAAGAAGGAUGGAGGAGAGAUGUGUGGGAAAAGAAUACGAAAAUGAUCGAACAGCACAAUUGGGAACACAGCCAAGGGAAACACAGCUUCACGGUGGCAAUGAAUGGCUUUGGUGACAUGACCAAUGAAUUUAAGCAGAAGAUGAAUGGACUUCAAAUGCAGAAGCAUAAGAAGGGGAAAAUGUUCCAACCACCUCUCUUUGCUGAGAUCCCCUCCUCUGUGGACUGGAGAAAGAAAGGAUACGUAACUCCCGUAAAGAAUCAGGGUCAGUGUGGUUCUUGUUGGGCUUUUAGUGCAACUGGUGCUCGUGAAGGACAGAUGUUCCGGAAAACUGGCAAACUUGUUUCACUGAGUGAGCAGAACCUGGUGGACUGCUCUCAGCCUGAAGGCUAUGAGGGCUGUGAUGGUGGCCUAAUGGAUUAUGCCUUCCAGUAUGUUAAGGGCAAUGGAGGCCUGGACUCAGAGGAAUCCUACCCAUAUCAUGCACAGGAUAAAACCUGCAAAUACAAGCCCCAGUAUUCUGCUGCCAACGACACUGGCUUCUUUGACAUCCCUCCGCGGGAGAAGGCCCUCAUGGUGGCUGUAGCAACCAAGGGGCCCAUCUCUGUUGGUAUAGAUGCAAGCCAUUUUACCUUCCAGUUCUAUCAUGAAGGCAUUUAUUGUGAUCCAGACUGCAGCAGUGAAGACUUGGACCAUGGUGUUCUGGUGACUGGCUAUGGCAUUGAUGUAGGACAGUCUUAUUGGAUUGUCAAGAACAGCUGGGGUAAAAACUGGGGCAUAGAUGGCUACAUAAAGAUGGCCAAGGACCGGAAAAACCACUGUGGAAUCACCACCAUGGCCAGCUUUCCUAUUGUAUGA